AUGUCUUCUUCUUCAAAUUCCAACACAAACACCCUUUUCAUUAUGUUUUACUCUCUACUUUUCUUUUGUUUUUCCGGCAAUGCGGACACCGGAACCACCACAUUUGACUUCCAAACACUUACUCUCACAAGCUUGAAGUCCCUCGGCGACGCUCACUUGUUCAACAACAGUGUCAGACUCACCCGAGAUCUCCCCGUCCCUAACUCUGGCACCGACAGGGUUUUGUACAAUAAGCCCGUUAGAUUCCGGCGACCUGGGAGCCCUAAUCCGGCGAGUUUCUCAACAUAUUUUUCAUUCUCGAUUGUUAAUUUGAAUCCGGGUUCGAUUGGAGGUGCUUUGGCUUUUGUCAUAUCGCCGAACGAUGAAGAUGUCGGUGACGCUGGUGCGUAUUUGGGUAUUCCUACCGGCGCUGUUGCUGUUGAGUUUGAUACUCUAAUGGACGCCGAGUUCAAAGAUGUUAAUGGGAAUCAUGUGGGUUUGUAUAUUGACUCCAUGGUUUCUUCCCAAGUUGCCGAUUUGGACUCCAUUGAAGUCAAUUUACGAAGUGACACUCAAGUCAAUUCGUGGAUAGAUUAUUCAAGUUCAACUCAGAAACUCAACAUCUCUAUUUCGUAUUCCAACACAAAACCCAAAUCACCUCUCUUAUCAAUCACCACCAAUAUCAAUCGAUACGUAAAUGAGUUUAUGUUUGUCGGAUUUUCCGGGUCAACUCAGGGAAGCACAGAAGUCCACUUGAUUGAAUGGUGGAGUUUCACCUCUUCUUUCGAUGAUCAAGAUACAAUUACAAAACCCAGUCCAAAUCCACCACCAACCACCACCUUCAUGAACCCCACUGCUAACCCUGUUAACUCACCGCCGCCGGUGGGGGUCACCGGUGGGUGGUUGAGGGUGGUAGUCCUUGGUUGUCCUUGUUUCUUUCUUCGAUUUGUGCAGUAG